AGUAUUUAUUUAUACUCUUGCCAUUUGAAAUCUUUUUAAUUUGCAAGUUGGAAUUUCUCAGCGAAAAACCCCUUGAAGCCAUCGACAGUUUCAGUUUAUACUGCUCAUCCUCAUGGAGCAAACAGAAGACUCGUAGAACAACAAGAAGAAGAAAUGAGCGAAUUCAAACAACUACACUGACAAACAUCCUUUGAGAAAAUGCCCAAACCAUCGAAUUUCAAAUUCAUACGAAUAAUCAAUGAGGCAUCAAUUACCUGCAUCAUCUCCCCCAAUAAUCACCCUUUUGAAAUCCUGCAACACUCUUCGAUGCUUCGAGCAAAUCCACGUUCAAAUCAUUCGAAAGGGUCUUGAACAAGACAAUUACUUGAUUUCCAACUUCGUUUCACGCUGCUGUACAUCUUUCUCUCUCCUCCGCUAUGCAACCAGUGUGUUCGACUCUGUAUCAUGCGCCAACACUUGUCUUUGGAACUCCCUGUUAAAGGGUCACUGUAAUUACUCUUCUUUGUCAUCUUCUCUUUCUGUGUUUUCCGCCAUGAGAGCUUCUUCUGAAGGUGCUCCAGAUAAGUACACUUUCCCGCCAUUAAUGAAGUGUUGUUCGAAUGAAUUGGAUGCUUUUGUUGGGGUUGGGAUUCAUGGGUUGUUGAUUAAAUAUGGGGUUCAGGAUGAUAUGUAUGUGGGUUCGAGUUUGGUUGAUUUAUAUGGGAAAUGUAGGUUAAUUGGGGAUGCCCAGAAAGUGUUUGAUGAAAUGUCUGUGAGAAAUGUGGUUUCUUGGACUAGUUUGCUUGUUGGGUAUGUUAAUUCUGAGGAUUUGGUUGAUUCACGGAGAGUGUUUGAUGUAAUGCCCAAGAGAAAUCAGGUUUCGUGGAAUGCUAUGAUUAGUGGAUAUGUAAAACUCGGACAGUUAGAUAGCGCUAGGAAGCUGUUUGAUGAAUUGCCUUUCAAGAAUGUGGUUUCGUACACGAUGAUGAUUGAUGGGUAUGCUAAAUCCGGCGACAUGUCCUCCGCGAACUUCUUCUUUGAGCAGUGCUUAGUAAAGGAUCUUGUCCUAUGGUCAGCUUUGAUAUCAGGGUAUGCACAGAAUGGGCUUCCUUACGAGGCUGUGAAGGCUUUUCUAGCGAUGAAGUUGAGCAAUACUAGGCCAGAUGAACAUAUAAUGGUGAGUGUAAUGUCCGCUUGUGCUCAAGUAGGGAAUUUGAAACUUGCUAAUGAGAUUGAUUCAUACAUGAACCAAAGCUUGUUUGAUCUCCAACGUACGCAUGUUGUUGCAGCAUUAGUAGAUAUGAAUGCUAAAUGUGGUAACAUGGACAGAGCAAGGAGUUUGUUUGAUAAUAUGCCUAAACGGGAUUUAGUCUCAUACUGCUCCAUGAUUCAAGGCCAUGCUCUUCAUGGUCAAGGAGCAGAGGCUGUUAAUUUAUUCUAUAACAUGCUUUCUGAAGGGAUAACGCCUGAUGAUGUGGCCUUCACUGUCAUCCUGACAGCCUGCAGCCAUGCGGCACUGGUAGAGGAAGGUUACUGCUUAUUUGAUAUGAUGAGUAAAUAUUCAAUUAACCCCUUGCCUGACCAUUAUGCAUGCAUGAUUGAUCUUCUAGGUCGAUCUGGCCACUUAGGAGCAGCCUAUGAUCUUCUUAAGUCAUUACCAAUUGAGGCCCAUGCUGAAUGUUGGGGAGCACUUCUUGGGGCAUGUAGAUUGCAUUGUGAUACUGAGCUGGCCGAAGUAGUAGCCAAUCGACUAGUUGAACUUGAGCCUCAUAAUGCAGGAAAUUUUGUUUUGUUAUCUAAUGUCUAUGCAGCAGCAGAUCGUUGGUUGGAUGUUUCUAAUGUAAGGAACCAAAUGGUUGAUCGGGGACUAACUAAAAUUCUUGGUCUUAGUUGGGUUUAGGGUCAAAAGGUUAUUGGUAAGCUGGGUACUUCUUAGACCUUGUCCACAGCAGGAGACAUUCCCUAGUUGGAUUUUUGCAACAUUAUAUAAUACAGUACCCUAGUUUUUCAUCAAAGUUUUUGCUGUCAUAUCGAAGUCCACUAGUUGCUGACUGAAAGGAUUUUUGCUCCCUUUUUUAAAUGAACAUGUGUGGUUAUGCACAAAGUGCCUCUCCUAGGCAUAGGACUGGGUAUGUUGAUACUCUGUAGCCCAUGACAGGUAACCUUUGUCACCUGUUGUUUUGGAGCAUUAGUCCUGCUGUGUGGAAGACAUUCUGGAACUUGCAUGUGAGUCUAAGAGACAGUUGCAAAGUAUGUACUAUCAUGUGCCAAGAUACCGACAUUCUGAAAAUCAGAAGGAACCUGCCAGAUUUUAAAGAAUACAUGGUGCUUGCAGAAUCUGCUAUGUUGCUUCAGAUAAUGUAGAGGUGAAUGGCUUCAGUGUUCUAUUCCAGCAGAUUGAAAACUGAGUGUAUAAUGUCAUACCCUCGAAGACUAAAAUCUGAAACAUCAACAGCUUACCAACUCAGGGUCAGCCAUGGAUUUCACACUUUUGUGUAGUUAUUAAGUGUAUAGGAUUGUUAUUGAGUGAAAAAUUAUUUUCCUUGUGCAACUAUGCUACGGAAUAAGAUAUGGGUAGGCUUGAAUAGGUAGAAGAGAACGUAUUGGGCGCACCUAAGAGUAUAACUAACGCGAAUUUAGGAGACAAGGAAUUCACCAUCUAUACAUCUCUAAAUUGUCAUUACAUCACCUGAGUGCACCUAUUCAACGAGCACAUUUUAUGAUUCGCCUUAUAAAGAGCGAGCUUCAGU